AACAGUCACUUCAGCAACAUAUCUUUCAAGAGCCCUCGCUCUGAAUCUCUCUUAAACCCUAGCUGCUUCCCUCCUUUCACUCUCCCAAAACUAAAACCCUUUCCCUCUUUUCUUCUUUGAAGGUAUAAUCCUUACCCUCUUUGCUUAAGCCCCAGUUUACAGUCCAUAAUUGAAAUGGCAUUCUUUAACAAGCUCGGGAGCCUAGCGAGGCAGUCAAUUUCCCAGAAGGGGCAAGUUCCAAUGGUGUCCAUGUUGAACUCUAUUCGCUGCAUGUCUUCAUCCAAGCUUUUCAUUGGAGGGCUUCCAUGGUCAACUGAUGACCAAACCCUUAAAGAUGCAUUUUCUGGCUUUGGGGAAGUGACGGAGGCAAGGGUUAUCAUGGAUAGAGAGACCGGGAGGUCUCGUGGAUUUGGGUUUGUUCAUUACGACAGCGUUGAAAAUGCCAGCGAAGCACUUUCAGCAAUGGAUGGCCAGAAUUUGGGAGGAAGAACUGUUCGAGUGAGCUUUGCCGAGGAAAGGAGACCACCACAAUCCUACAAUGACAAUCACCAAGGGAGUCGAGGUUUUGAUAAUUGAAGUGGAUGGAUUACAGCUUUAUGCGCUACUAACGCCCUAAAUGGCCUUUCUUCUGUAGCUAGUUGGUUCCAGUCGGAAUAGAGAUUGCAUUUUUAUUUUUCUUGAAUGUUUCUAUAAUGUUGUGAAAUUAUGUUGUGAUUUUGGCACUUGUGUGCUGGUUAGUUUUUCUGACUGGGUAAAUUCCAUCAUGAUGGAUGGAGGCACAGUUAACGUUUUCAUUGUUAUGGAAGCAUAUUGAUCGUAA